ACGACGUCGCAAACAAAUCCAUCUCCGCAAAGCUAUCCUGAAAGGAAAGGAAAACAGAAAUGGACUAAUCAGCAUGGCUCCAUCUUUCUUCCCUCCGCCAUUUCUCUCCGACUCCUAAGCAGCAGUUAUCAAGCUCCUCAGGCACUAAUUCCGGGUUUUAUCUCAACAAGGGAAAUUGCUUGCUGCAGAAAUUGACUCCUCAGCUAGUCCAGCGUUUACUUAGUCUUACAUAGAAUGGAUAUCUUAGAUGCUUGCACCAGUAAUGACCCUCCAGCAUUCAGGUUUAAUUGUUUCUCUGACAACUUGAAUCUUGUGAAAGCUAAGCUUUGGGGGCGCAGCUAGUAAAUCAUGUCUUCAACUUCCCUUUUUACCGCUCCACCAACACUUACACCGACCAAAACAACCAUCAAGAAAAAUUAUUCUCCACCAUCUCCUGAUAACCUUGCAUUUUUUAUCGACAAAUCAAAAACCAUCAAUCACAUUCGACAAAUUCAUGCAUUCCUCAUGCGUCAUGGCUUUGAAAAUUACCCUGUCUUGAAUUUCAAGCUCCAGCGCUCUUACUCUUCUUUUGGCUAUCUUCAACAGACAGUUACACUUUUCAAGAAAUCUCACAAUCCCAAUGUUUUCUUUUACACUACCAUCAUUCAUAGCCAUGCCAUGAAUAAUCUUCAUAAUGAAGCUUUGGUUUACUACGUUCAAAUGCUCAUGGAAAACGUUGAACCCAAUGCAUUUACGUUCUCGGCUAUCCUUAAAGCUUGCCCUUUUGAUCUUGGGCGAGCUCUUCAUUGCCAAGCCCUCAAGUUCAGAUUUGACUGUGAUACAUAUGUGAGAACUGCACUUGUGGAUAUUUAUGCAAGAAGUGGUGAUGUGGUGUCUGCCCGUCAAUUGUUUGACACAAUGCCUGAAAGAAGUUUGGUUUCAUUGACGGCAAUGAUUACUGGGUAUGCAAAGAGUGGGGAUGUUGAUGAGGCGAGAGCUUUGUUCAAUGAGAUGGAUGACAGGGAUGUAGUCUGCUGGAAUGUGAUGAUUGAUGGGUAUACUCAGCAUGGAAGGCCAAAUGAAGCUCUAGUACUUUUUAGGCAGAUGUUAUCGGCAAAGGUGAAGCCUAAUGAAGUGACUAUGCUUGCAAUUCUUUCUGCAUGUGGGCAAUUGGGGUCUUUGGAGUCAGCCCUGUGGGUUCAUGCUUACCUGAAGAAUAAUGGCAUUAAAAUAAAUGUCCAUGUUGGUACUGCUUUGGUUGAUAUGUACAGCAAAUGUGGAAGUUUGGAGGAUGCUAGGGCAGUGUUUGAUGGAAUGAUCUUGAAGGAUGUUGUUGCAUGGAAUUCCAUGAUUCUGGGAUAUGCAAUGCAUGGGCUUAGCCGAGAAGCAUUAGAGUUGUUUAAUGAGAUGCGUCGAAUGUGUGUUGAACCAACUGAUAUAACAUUUCUUGGUAUUUUAAAUGCUUGUGCUAAUGCUGGACUGAUCUCUGAAGGUUGGGCCUUUUUCAAUUUAAUGAAAGAUGAAUAUGGGUUUCAGCCUAAGGUUGAGCAUUAUGGAUGUAUGGUAAAUCUUCUUGGCCGUGCUGGGCACUUGGAAGAUGCAUAUCAGCUCAUUAAGAACAUGAAGAUUGACCCGGAUCCUGUUUUAUGGGGAACUCUACUUGCUGCAUGUAGACUUCAUGGAAACCUGAAUUUGGCAGAGGUUAUUGCGGGAUCUCUUGUGGAGCAUAAAAUUGCAAAUUCAGGAACUUUUGUUCUUCUUUCUAAUAUAUAUGCAGCUACUGGCAAUUGGGACGGGGUUGCAAGAGUAAGGUCAAUGAUGAAGCAAAGUGGGGUCCAAAAGGAGCCAGGUUGCAGUUCAAUUGAGGUGGACAACAAGGUACAUGAAUUUCUUUCUGGUGACUGGAAACACCCGAAUAGUAAAGAGAUUUACAUGAUGUUAGAGGAGAUGAAUCGACGGCUAAAAGCUCAUGGAUAUGUACCUAAGAUAGACACAGUGUUACAUGAUAUUGGAGACACUGAGAAAGAGCGAUCGCUUGAAGUUCAUAGUGAAAAGCUUGCAAUUGCCUUUGGACUUAUAAGUACCAGUCAGGGAACUACUAUUAAGAUUGUCAAGAACCUAAGGGUAUGUCUAGAUUGUCAUACUGUUACUAAGCUCAUCUCAAAAAUUACAGGACGCAAAAUAAUUGUGAGGGAUCGAAACCGAUUUCACCAUUUUGUGGAUGGUUCUUGCUCUUGCGGUGAUUACUGGUGAAUGAUACACAUAGAGAAACCUUUGUAUUCAUUUGCUAUCAAAACUGUACAUUAUAAUGUACACCGACUAAGUUGAAAUGGAAGUUUCUGUUGGUCAGUCAUUGAAGUUGCUUCGGUAUUGUGUUCGACAUUGAAAAUACAUCGUAAACAAUUGUAAAUGGAAUUCUCUGUUUCGUUUAGAAAAUACAUUGUAAAAUUUUAAAUGGAAGUCUCUGUUUCGUUUAA